GUCUUUCUUUUUUUUUUCCUUAAUUCAAUCAUUCUCAUUUUUUGUUCUUUCGUAGCUUUUUAUGGUUUCUCUGCAAGAAUUUUCUUCUGUCUCCUGAUACCUUUUAAAGCAGCAUGCAGUGAAUUCUCUGGCUUAUCUUUUAUUGAUUGCAUAAACAGCCUUAUUUGCAGAGGGUCUGAUGGACUCUGAGACUUGCAGUUGGUUUUACUUGCCUGCUCCUGGGCCAGCAGACUCAGUUGCCAGUGUUGGCAGCAGUUGUGGCAGAUGAAUAGUGUAAUUUAAAGCAGCAUAUGAUGAAAUGGACUGUGCCAUUGAAUUAAUUUUGGGAAUAGUAUACUGACUGUAUGAAAUGUGCUUUGCAAUUUACGCAAAUCCCUCAAUUUUUAAAAAUGUAUCUGAAGUUACUCUAGAGUGUCUGAUCUGCCCCAGUGGAGUGCUGCAGGACCAAGGGCCUCGCCGCAGGAUUUAGCUCAAGCUUGCUGCCGAGCACGUGGGACCUGGGGACUGAGUUUGCCCUAAAACAAAUCAUGUCAUCAGGAGGAGCUGAAGAUGAUAUUCCCCAAGCAGAGAGGAAAACAGUUACGGAUUUUUGCUACUUGCUGGAUAAAUCUAAACAGCUAUUCAAUGGCCUGAGGGAUUUACCUCAGUAUGGGCAGAAGCAGUGGCAAUCCUAUUUUGGGCGAACGUUUGAUGUUUACACCAAACUCUGGAAGUUUCAACAGCAGCAUCGACAAGUAUUGGACAAUCGGUAUGGGUUGAAGCGGUGGCAAAUUGGGGAAAUUGCUUCCAAGAUUGGGCAGCUCUAUUACCAUUAUUACUUGCGCACUUCUGAAACCAGCUAUCUCAAUGAAGCUUUCUCCUUCUAUUCUGCAAUCAGGCAGAGGUCAUACUACUCCCAGGUUAACAAGGAAGACAGGCCUGAAUUAGUGGUUAAGAAGCUGCGUUACUAUGCAAGGUUUAUAGUGGUUUGUCUCUUGCUCAACAAAAUGGAUGUUGUAAAGGACCUUGUAAAGGAGCUUUCAGAUGAGAUUGAAGACUACACUCAUCGUUUCAAUACUGAAGAUCAGGUGGAGUGGAACCUGGUUCUUCAGGAAGUGGCAGCUUUUAUUGAGGCAGACCCUGUAAUGGUUUUAAAUGACGACAACACCAUUGUAAUCACCUCCAACAGGCUUUCUGAAACUGGAGCUCCAUUGCUGGAGCAGGGAAUGAUAGUGGGACAGCUUGCUCUUGCAGAUGCACUGAUUAUUGGGAACUGCAAUAACCAGGUGAAGUUCAGUGAAUUGACAAUUGAUAUGUUCCGAAUGCUACAAGCUCUUGAAAGGGAACCAAUGAAUUUAGCUUCGCAGAUGAACAAACCUGGAAUGCAGGAGUCAACAGAGAAACCAGCCAGGCGGGAAAACCCUCAUAAAUACCUACUUUAUAAACCAACUUUCAGCCAGCUGUACACGUUUUUAGCAGCAUCAUUUAAGGAGCUGCCUGCAAACAGUGUGCUGCUGAUUUACCUGUCUGCCACGGGCGUGUUCCCAUCAGGUCGUUCGGAUAGUGAAGGUCCGUAUGAUUUUGGUGGUGUUCUGACAAAUAGUAACCGGGAUGUUAUAAAUGGAGAUGCUAUCCACAAGCGAAACCAAUCUUACAAGGAGAUGCAUUGCCUUCACCCUGGGGAUCUCUACCCUUUCACAAGAAAGCCACUUUUUAUCAUUGUGGAUUCUUCGAACAGUGUGGCCUAUAAGAAUUUCACAAACUUAUUUGGACAACCAUUGGUGUGCUUGCUUUCUCCAACAGCAUAUCCAAAAGCGUUACAAGAUCAGUCUCAGCGGGGUAGCCUCUUCACACUCUUUCUGAACAAUCCUUUAAUGGCAUUCCUGUUUGUCUCUGGAUUAUCAAGCAUGCGCAGAGGACUGUGGGAGAAGUGUCAGGAUUAUCUUAGAAAAAUCAAUCGAGACAUCGCGCAGCUGCUGACCCACUCCCGCUCCAUAGAUCAAUCCUUUCUUCAGUUUUUUGGGGAUGAAUUUCUUCGUUUGCUUCUAACAAGAUUUAUCUUCUGUUCAGCUACUAUGAGGAUGCACAAAAUUUUCCGGCAGGAAACACGAAAUUAUCCAGAAUCUUAUCCUCAGCUGCCAAGAGAUGAAACGGUGGAGAACCCUCACCUCCAAAAGCACAUUUUGGAGCUGGCUUCCAUACUGGAUGUUAGAAAUGUUUUCCUGGAAAACACUCUUGACGACUAUUAAGAAAAACUGUCUUACUGCAAAGGGGUUUCCCUGGCCACAGAUUUUGAAUGGUGCAGUUUUCUAAUGUGAAAAUCAUAAAAGGAAGUACUUGAUUUUAUUUUUAAACUUAGGACCAUUAUUUUAAAAAGUAAUAAUAAACAGCUGUUAGGUUAGCUGUUCCAUUCUGUAUGGGGGGGUCAGUUUUAUAAGAAGUUUUCAUGUCUUUUAAAUGUUAAACUAAAGAAUUGCUAGAGGUUUAUUUCUGGUCUUGUGGCUGUCAACCACAUUUCCAACAGCUGAUCCUAAGCAUAGAAGUAUUAUUGGUUAUCUUUACCCACAUUUGUGGAAAUCCUUUAUUUUUAUACAAUUUUAAGAAAUUGGAAAAAAAUCGAUAGAAAAAUAAUAUUUUGUCCCCAAAGAGUCUGGAUUUGAAAUGAUUAAGAUGGAACCACACAGUGCAAACCAACAAUAGCAAUAAAACAAAGUCCUUCAUAACCAAUAUAUUUUUUCAGUCUUAGGCAAGUAAGUAGACAAAACUGAGGAAGAUUAAGUUGCAUUUGGAGACAGUGAGUUUGAAAUGAAGUUGUAAAGAAAGUUAAUGCUCCCUACAGAUUUGACACAGCAAUGUCAUGUAUAAACUCUGAACUGCUGGCCAAGGACACAAUUUCCCCUCUGUCUGAUGGGAUAUGUGGUUAGCAGAUUAGUGAAUUAAAAACUAAGAAAGCUAGCACCCCUCUCUCACUGUAAUAAGGAUCAUCUUGCCAUUUUUGUUGCUGCCACAGUUUUCCAGGAGAUAACAUUCUUCGUUGUGAGCCACUAGUCAGAUAUUCUUUAAUUUCCAGCAGGUGUUAUCUUCCUUUCUUUGUGUGGAUGAAAUGUGUGGCUCCCACAGUGUUACCAUUCCCUGACUGGAAUUGAAAGAAUGCCCCAUAAGUGCUGAAUACAAGCCCUUCCUAUCCCCCAUUUAUUAGACCAACCUGUGCUGCAGCUGUGCCCCAAGAGAGAGAUGCCAGUGCUCCUCUCACGAGUUAAGUGGGUACUGCCAGUAGAACCUCUCCUACUGCUGGUAGGAGAGGUUGUGGUUGUGUUUGGUAGCACUGUAGUAUCCCUCAGUCUAGGGAUCUUACGGAGUACAGCAGCCUCUGCAAAGGCUCUUACUGGAGAAAAGUGCUUGCCUGACUCUUAGACUGUACUGCCUUCUUUGCAGAGCUAGAGGACCUCUUGCAACUCCUGAUAGUAACGGUUUGAGCAGGGGUAAGGAAAUGAAAAUAUUUUCAUUAAAUGAGCUUAUAUUCACUGUUCCAUGUACUAGAAAGGCAGCGAAAGAAUGAGUAUGAUCAGAGCUUGUAUGUUGAACCUCAGCCAUGUCUCUGUUUCUGUUGGGGAAAAAAAUGCAAAAUUUGAUGACUACCAUAGAUAUCACAGUAGACCUGUGUGCAAGUGUUGUCAUACAAGGUAUGAUCUACUCAGCUGUAAUAGUGGAGGGCAGCAGUUCAGCACUGAUGAACCUUCAUUCAGCUGUGGGUAGCAUGGUAUGGCACAUCAGGAAUUGCUGGAGUGAAGGUGGGAAGUUGCUGUGAAGGUCCUCUCUAUCUGGGAUGCAGCUGAUGCCACCCAUUCUUUAAUUUCUAAAGUGAAAAAAAAAAUAGAAAAAAAAAAAAAGUAGUGUUCGUUCUAAGCAGUCUUGAAGCUGUUGUGUUGGGCCCCCACCACUUGGUGCUGUUCUUUGGACUUUGGCAGGACUUUGUUACAUGGGAUAUGGAGUUUAUUUUAAAGAGUGCGUGUUUGUGUGUGUGCAUGUGUGUUCUAGGCGUUUGUGUGUAUAUGUACAAUACGCAUACAUCUACUGGCUGGUGUAAAUUGUAAAUAUGUAUAUAUGUAUAGGUACUUGUAUAUGUAUUAAAAAGUAUGAAACAGUA